GGCGCCGCCGCAGGAGCCAUGCUCCAGCCUCCAACCACCCGGUCUCCCACGGCCGGCAGGCGGCGGCGCCGCCGCCGUCCUCCGAGCGAACCGGGUCGCCGCCCGCGCCCGGCUCCCCACCCAGAAAGGAGGGCUCGCUUUCAAUCAAUCAGACCGCCGUCUAGAAGUUUUCAAUCAAUCUUUUCGUCGUCCGGUUAAUAAUAAACCACCUCCUCCCCCAUUCGCUCCCUCGUUGUCGUCGUCGUCGUUCUCCUCCUCCUCGUCCUCGUCCUCGUCGGCGCCAGUAUAUAACCGCCGAUUCCAUCCUCGGGAUUCAGACGCAGACAGCGCCUCGUUGUCGUCCGUCCUUCGUUCCGAGCUCUCUUCCUGCCAGCGCCGGCCGCACCGUCUCCGUCCAUGGGCGUCUUCGGCUCCUCCGCCAAGGUGUACCGCCCGGCGCCGGAGGUCGACCUCGGCCCCGGCAGCGGCGAGCUCUACAUCAGCCCCAAUGUCAAAGCUCCUCGUGUCGCCGGCCUCCUGGUGAAGAUCUUCGUGUGGGUCCUCGAGAUGCCGGUCGUCGGCUGGGUCUUGCUCUACAUCCUCAAGAAGGAUAAUCUCAUCAACAAGCUUGUCUCGGAAGCUGAGAUCCCUGAGCCGCCGCUGUUUACUUCCACCCACCGCUGGGAAGACACCCCAGAGCAGAACGUCAGCCUGACCAAGCCCGGCCUGUCACCGGCGGAGAGAGUCCGGGAGGCCGUCGACUGCCUCCCGGCACGCCUCGAGUCGACGCUCGCCGCCGACGCGCCGUCGUCCAUCCUGAAGCGCUGGACGAUCAUGGACUUCUCCAGGGCCUACAGCUCGGGAGAGACCACGCCUGUCCAGGUGGCCAAGAGGUUCCUGGCUGCUGUGGAGGAGAGCUCUGGCCCUACCAUGAACAUGGCCUUCUUCAUCAGCUGCAACCCUGAGGACGUCUUGAAGCAGGCUGAGGAGUCCACCCUCAGAUACCAGACUGGGACACCACUGUCAGUGAUGGACGGCGUGCUGGUGGCGGUGAAAGACGAGAUCGACUGCUUGCCCUACCCCACGACAGGCGGGACGAGGUGGCUGGGGAAGGCGCGGGCGUGCGAGGCGGAUGCGGCGUGCGUGGCGCAGCUGCGCGCGUGCGGUGCCAUCCUCGCCGGCAAGACCAACAUGCACGAGCUCGGCGCCGGCACCAGCGGCAUCAACCCACACCACGGGUCGGCGAGGAACCCGUACAACGUCGGCAAGGUGGCCGGGGGCUCCUCCAGCGGCUCUGCUGCCGUAGUCUGCGCUGGCCUCUGCCCCGUCGCGCUUGGCGUCGAUGGAGGAGGUUCAGUCAGGAUGCCGGCAGCUUUGUGCGGCGUGGUCGGCUUCAAACCCACCGCCGGACGGCUCUCUAACGCCGGAGUUCUUCCACUGAAUUGGACGGUCGGGAUGGCGGGGAUCUUGGCAGGAACAGUGGAGGAUGCUGUCGUCGCUUACUCGGCCAUUGUUGAUCAGUCCCAACCAUCAUACUUGAGGCCUGAGCUAAAUCUGCCUAUGCUGACGUCCACACCCUCAAUUAGCAAUGUCAGGCUAGCAAAAUACGGAAAGUGGUUUAACGACAGUUCCGAGGACAUCAGAAGCUGCUGUGACAAAGCUCUUCAGACACUGCGAACACAGUACGGCUGGGAGACUCUGGAUGUGACAGUCCCUGAGAUAGAGGAAAUGCGGCUUGCGCACUACGUGACGAUCGGAUCAGAAUGCACUGCUUCACUUGCAAAGUAUCUCGACAAACUGAAGAGGUCCGAGAUCGGGUGGGAUGUGAGAGUCGCGCUGGCUGUCUACGGGUCAUUCAGCAGCAGAGCUUACCUGAACUCGCAACGACUCCGGAAUCGUCAGAUGUUCUUCCACAAAGAGAUCUUCAAGACAGCAGAUGUCAUCGUCUCACCGAUGACCGGUGUGACUGCCUACACACUACAAGAUGACGCGUUAAGCAGCGGUGAACUCGACUACAUAAACGGAGCCGCGUUGAUCCGGUACUCGAUAGCAGGGAACUUCCUUGGUUUGCCGGCGAUAACAGUCAUGGUUGGGCAAGAUAAGGGCGGGCUGCCAAUAGGUCUUCAGUUCAUCGGCAGGCCGUGGUCCGAGGCGACUCUGCUCCACAUCGCAUUUGCAAUGCAGGAAGCCUGCAGCAAGAACCACAGGAAACCUGCGGUGUUCUAUGAUCUCCUCAAGAAAGACUGAGAGAGUGACCAGCAAGACAGAAAAGUACAGAAACGGCGUCGACUCAUCGUUCCAAUCAAGUCUCUAGUAUAUUGAUUGUUCAUGCUGCCAGUUCAAGGUUGUAUUCUCUGGUUAGGAAUUGGUAGAUGCAUAUGCAGUUAUUAUGCUUCCUAGUUUGCUGCAUGAUGAGCUAUCUGUUUCAACCAUGGAAAUAGAUUUAUAGUGUAAUCAAUCUCUUGUCAUGCCAUCUUCUUCUGAAGUGACCAGUAAAAGUGUAGCCCAUCUCUAUAUCAAUUGUCCAGGACUCCAGGUGUAUGUUUGAUACAUCUCGGAGACAAUUCUCGUUUGCAAAUUUAGCUGGAAGCUAUAAAGCUCUGCUAAGUUGCCUUCAGAAAUCUGGAGUAACCAAUUUAUGCACGUCCAGCCUUAAA